AUGGAAGACGCCCACUCGCAGACCAUGGCCAGCACCACCGCAAGUCCACCAGCGAGCAGUGUGACCUCGCCUCUACUACGACCGGACUCGCCAUCACCCAGCGUCUCUCCAUCCCUCGCCCUCGAUGCUGUACCACGCCUCGACCGAUCUGUCUCGACCCCCUCAAGCUCGUCCGUCUCGGAACUGUCCACCAGAUCACGACGAUUGUCAAGACUCUCCUCAGAUGGCGGGACCACAGUCGUCAAACGACGAGGCUACAUGCGUCCUCAAGGGACUGCAUUCGCCGACUCAGCACGCAAUAGAGACAGCGUCAUGAGCUUGGGCAGUAUAGCACAUAUGCAAUACUACUUUGCCAGGACAGGGUUGCUAGACGGCAAAGGAGCACAGCUAGCCAAAGACAAGGAAAGGAAGAAGAGCUCUACCUACAACAAGGAGAACCUGGACCCUUCGAGCAUGUCUGGAUCAGCCAUCGACGACUUCGCCAUCAGCUCGCUCUCCCUGAACGACACCAGCUCCGCCUACGCUCCCUCAGACUGCGGCCAGGACGUCAGCGUCGUUGAGUCGCCAACCGAACUCACAGAAGCCACCGACUACUUCCGCAGCACUGCCCCUGAACCACCCAUGCUCCCACCGACCGUCAGCACCUACAAGCAGAAACCCUCCUACACCGAACCCCUUCCCGACAUGCCUGUCCUCCGCCGCGAGCUCAAAGAAGCACUCCAAGACGCCUGCAAAGUCCUCGAAGAGACGCAGAAACAAACGCCCUCCCCGCCACAACCAUCCCCAAACCCAGAAGAUGGCAGCAUGACCGACGACAACGCCGGCUUCCACGAACUCCAAGGCCUCCACCUCCUCGACAUCAUCACCCUCGCCAUCCGCGCCGCGAAAAACUACUACACCGCGCACACCUCGCCGCAGAAACUCUACGCUAUGCGCAGCGAGCGCAGUAUCCGCGCGGAUCUGUACAACGUGCUGGACGUGCUGAAGCGGAUGGCGAGUAGGAAUUUCCGGGGCGGGAUGCGGAUGAUGGAGUUGACGGAGAUCAUUCUGUGGAUCGAGAGUAUUGACACGUUGAUCAAGCGCGAGGAGCAAGCGGAGCAAAACGAGGCGAGGGAGAGGGAGGCGAUGGUUUGGCGGGAAGGGGAGUGGGAGGGUAGGGAGAGGGAGAGGGAGUGGUUGUUUCUGAAGUCGUUUGAUAAUGAAGAGGUGGUGUUGCCGGAGUGGACGCAGCCGGUGGAGGGAGAGGCGAUGCCGACGGCUUUCUUGGAGGCGUUAGCGGAUGGACAGAGGUUGGUCAAGCUGCAUAAUGCGCUUGUGGCGAGGAGUAAGAGGACUUUUGGCGCGAUCAAGACGUGGCACAGCGAUGUUGGGAAGCCUUAUCGGAGAGCGGAGAAUUUGAGGUUUUGGGUGAAAGCAAGUGAGUUGAGGUGGGAGAUUAAGCUUGAUGUGCCGGUGGCGGAUGUGGUGAACAACAAAGGCGAGGAGGCGUGGAAGAAGUUUGACGCUGCGGUGCUGAAGUGGUGUCAGGGGGUCAGGGAGGAGUUGACGGAGGAGUGGAGGCAGGAGGCGGCGUUAGAGAAGAGGAGAGCGCCGCUAUUGAGAGUCGAGACGGAUGCUGAUGCGGUGGAGGCACGUUUUGAGGACGCAAUGAGCACAAUCGCUCAGACGACAGCAGCCGACACGGGCAUUGGAAGGCCAGAGGCUAUUGGAGCGAAUUGA